AUGCCUACAUGGGAUGUACAUGCAUCCGCCCGUGUGUUCAGUACUCAACGCCAAGCUUUGGGGCUACUCGAUGGCCUUCGUUCAGCUUGGGAUUAUGGCAUUCAACGGAUCCUAGUCGAGAUGGAUAAUGUGGAAGCUGUCAAGUUAAUUACGAACCCAAGCCAGAGCAAUAAUUCUACUAUUAUAAGAAGGAUCCAGAGCUUAAUAAACUAUAGCUGGUCAGCCAUGUUCAAGAUUGCCUCCCGUGUUGUUAAUGGUGCAGCAGACGCUCUCGCUCGAAAUGGCUUUGAGGAAGAGUCAGGCCUCUUGCUUUGGAAUGCUCCGCCCCCGUUCAUGGACGCUUUUCUCCAAGCAGAUCAGCAGGCUUGGAGAGGAAACUCUGAUCACUGCUAG